GUUGUCUGGGAGAGGGGCUGAGGCGCUGCUCUAGAUUGGUCACAGGGCGAAAUCCCUGAUCUGUUCCUAUUGGCCCGUCCGUUGAAGGGCGAUGUUGAUUGGUAGGACAGAGCAACCUGGGACCUAGUUGGCAGAGCUCUCCCCGGAUGGAAGCUGCGGACGCGGAGUGAUGGUGGCGCCCGCGAAGAUGGGCCGGGCAGGGACCAUGGUGGUGGCGGCAGAGGUGGCAGGGGCGGGGCGGCUGGCGGUAGAGGAGACUCUGGUGUUCAGGGGGCUGUAGGUGGAGGAAUGGCUCGGGCCAGCAGCGCAAACGACAGCGAGGAGGCCUGGGGGGCACUUCGGGCGCCGCAACAGCAGCUUCGAGAGCUGUGUCCAGGAGUGAACAACCAGCCCUACCUCUGUGAGAGCGGCCACUGCUGUGGGGAGACUGGCUGCUGCACCUACUACUACGAGCUCUGGUGGUUCUGGCUGCUCUGGACUGUCCUCAUUCUCUUUAGCUGCUGUUGCGCCUUUCGCCACCGACGAGCUAAACUCCGGCUGCAGCAGCAGCAGCGGCAGCGUGAGAUCAACUUGUUGGCCUACCAUGGGGCAUGCCACGGGGCUGGCCCUGUCCCUGCUGGUUCACUGCUUGACCUUCGCCUUCUCAGCGCCUUCAAACCCCCAGCCUAUGAGGAUGUGGUUCACCGCCCGGGCACACCACCACCUCCUUACACUGUGGCCCCAGGCCGCUCCUUGACUGCUUCCAGUGAAUGCACCUGCUGCUCCUCUGCAUCUAGCUGCCCUGCCCACUGUGAGGGAACAAAUGUGGAAGGUGUUUCUUCCCACCAGCGUGCCCCCCCUCAUCAGGAGGGUGAACCUAGGGUAGCGGUGAACUCUGCCUCCACACCCCCCUCCUGCCGCUAUCGCCGCCUAACCGGUGACUCGGGCAUCGAGCUCUGCCCCUGUCCUGAUUCCAGUGAGGGCGAGCCAGUCAAGGAGAUGAGGGCUAGUGCCACCCCCGUAGAUCUGGAGGACCAUUCCCCUUGUGACCUGCCCCCAGAGUCUGUUCUCCAAGUUUCUCCUGUGGGGCUGGCUUCCAGUGAAGGGGACAUCCCAUAAGUAGUUUUGGGUGGAUGGGUUACUUGUUCACCAGAAACAGCCCUGGUCCCAACUCCUUGAGUUCUCCUUGACCCCUCCCUGCCCUCCUACGAUCUGCCUAAAGAGGCUGGAGCCCUGAGGAGAGAGGCAGUGUUUGGGGACUGUGCUAACUCCACUCCCCAAGACAUACACAGGAGCCUUUGAUCUCAUUAAAGAGACAUGAACCAGCUGCUUGUG